AUGGAGCCCGAGGAGAUGGAGGCACUUCGUCGUGACCCUGCCCUGGGUGAGUUUCAGCGCAAAUGGAAGACGCAGGUCUACUGCUCUUUGCGCGCCAAGGAGGCGAAUCAGCGGCUGGAUGCAGCAGCGAAGAGGCUCUCCGCAGACGAGCCGGGUCGCUUGCGGGAGGCCCAUGGCCGGCAGUACUGGCUCGAGACCUCCAGCGAGCUUCUCCAGACGAUUCACCUGGUUUGGGGCGACUGGUACCUAAGCUGCCUCUACCCGAAGAUGGCGCGACUGGCACUGGAGCUCAUCGCGAGGUAUGGCAAGGCCAUGGCUUCCCUCGCCGAUGGCUCUGGGGGCAGCGAAGGUGCUGGCUGGGACGCGGGAGCUUCGCCGCCUGCUUGGUCACCAACGUCGUUGCCUGUGCAACUCACACGUGCAGCGGCAGACAUUCUCAAGGUUAUCGAAGACCUUUCGGCGAGCCCUUCUCCCGGGCUGGUUGCGAAGUUCUUUCUUGACAGGCUGCCAGCGGCUACUGAUGGCCAAAAGCCCACCGAGUUGGCCUGCGCAUUGCUGGCCGACGCAUCUGAAGGUCUCGGCCCAGCUUUGGCUGCUCUCAAGGAGGUCGUGCUCAAGCAGGUCAUCGCUGCAAUCCUUCCCCAGUUUGCGGCUAUUCGCGGCAUCCCUGCGUUUUAUCGCAUGCUCAACAAGCCGGUUCCCACGAAGGCAUCUCCUUACGUGGAGUCCGCCAUCAGGCCAUUGACAGCAUUUCAAGAUGUCCUUGUCAGUGCGGCCAUGGGUGGCACAGCUGCAGCUUCCGAAUGGCUCAGCGAUAUCGUCGAUGGCGCUUCGCAGGAGUUCACCUCGCAGGCCACGCAGCUGAUCGAGCUCACUCGGCAGCAGGAGGCUUCCCUUCGACGACUGGGGGGCCGAGGUUCUGGAGGGGAGGUCUCCGACUUGGAGAAGAUCCAUCUGCAGCUUUGCCUCGAUGUGGACACCUUCGUCGGCCUUGCGUCGAAACCUGCCGCAAAUGCUCAAGGUCUGACGAAGCUGACCGAGGCGGUCGCGGGAAUUCGCCGAUCGGAGGACAACUUUGUCUUGCCUUCUUGCAAUUGUUAG